CUAACAGUGACAGAGAUGGCAGGUUGCGGAGGUCUCAAGAUCCUGCUUCUCUGGGUGGGAAUCGUCAAUCAUCUUACCAGGUGUCAGUCCCCAGAAAAAACCAGUUUAUCAGACGAAUCCUCAUCUCCACGCACUGUGACAGAAGAAUCUGUCACGCCUUCAGUCACUUCCCUCACACCUCCACUCACCUCGCCAAUCCCCAUCUCAGACCCCUCGGUUCAGGCACUCAGUUCAGCUGACACAUCUGCCACUCAGCCAUCUCCUGCAAACACCUCAGGUUCACCCACAACCACUUCAACCAACCAGAAAUCAGACUCUCAGUCAAACUCUUCUCAAAACCAGAACUCAACUCCAAUCACCAACUCAUCUAUCAGCCAAGCCACCACACAAGCCCCUCCACCUCCACAGUCCAAUCAAUCAUCUCCUGCAAACACCUCAGACUCACCCACAACCACUUCAACCAAGCAGACACCAGACUCUCAGUCAAAAUCUUCUCAAAACCAGAACUCACCUCCAAUCACCAACUCAUCUACCAGCCAAGCCACCACACAAGCCCCUCCACCUCCACAGUGUGAUUACACUGUAACACCCGUCAAGUUUGGCUUCCAGAUUGACAUCACAAGCUCUACCAAUGGUACCUACACCAUAAACAUUGAGGAGGAAGGCCUAACUUGGAAAAAGUACCAUGAGCAUCAGCACUCCAAUCAAAGCUCAUCACUUAAAAUCCAGCACCUGAAGCCGUGUACUGAAUAUAAACUCGGUGUGACACUUAUUGAUAAUAACGGCGACGAAACAUCAUGUAACCAUGCUGGAAAUAAAACUAAAACAAUUGACAUGAGUCAAAGUGACAUUGAAGAAGUUGAGAGAUGCUCCCCUGGAUAUGUUUGUUACCGCAGUGAUUGGAACAUCAUGUCCUCAUUAUCAGCAUCAAAUAAUAAUCCAGCUAAGUCAUGCAUGAACGACAAGAAAACGUUGUGCAUCGAACUUAAAAACAAUGACUUUUGCUCAGAUCUGACAGUCAACUUCGCUUCAGGAAACUGUCCUUCCUUUAGCCUCACCAAAAGCAUCCGUCUUGAUUUCUUAAAUCCAAGAAUACCAACAUUUCAAAAUAAACUUCCUGUGAAAAUAAAAGUGGAUUUACCUCCAAACUGUAAUGUCACAGAUGAUUACACAUGUGUGGAAUCUGGAAAUCCCAACAAGUCCAAGACCCCAUCGGAGCUGGAGCCCUUCACAGACUACAGAUGUGUCGGCCACAUUAAGGACAACGUCACCGUGAUAAACACAACUGCUUUUAACGUGAAGAUUGACUGUGAUGUUACGGUAACCUCUGUGACGAAAAGUGUCACCAAUACAAGCGCUGAUUGGAGUUGGACCACCAAGAGCAACAACUGUCCUCAAAUCAUUCAGGACAUUUCUUACAGCUGUAGUUGUGACCCCAAAAGUGUUGGAACUGACCACAAAAGUCUUGGACGUCCAGUUGUAAAACAUUCAACAGGAGGAAAAUGUAUUAUUUCUGGACUGACACCAUACACCAAUUACACCUGUAAAGUCCAACCCACCUACAACAGGAACGACGUUAAGACACCUUCUAAAACUCAACUUGAAACUAAGGCUGGAAUACCAGACAAACCUCGUAAUGUGGCGCUGACCGUUCUAGACCAUAAUGUCAUUAAAGUAACCUGUCACAAUGAACUUUUUCAUGGACCCAGAGAGGAAUACAUUGCAAGACUUCAUUAUGAUAGUGACCCUGAGAACGAGAUACAAAAAACGAGGCCAAAGGGAAAAUGUGACUUUGAAUUCAGAGAUCUAAGUUACUUAACAGCCUACAAAGUGAAGGUGACUACUUACAAUGGAGAAUUAGAGAGUGAGCCUGUCACAGAAGGUGUUUCCACUCAAUACAAUAGCAAAGCUCUCAUCGGUGUAAUGGCCUUCAUCUUAAUCAGCAUCAUCAUCACCCUGGCUGUUUGUCUAAUGUGCAGAAAGUCUCGAAGUGAUGUGACUGAAGAUGUGAUGCUUGAAACCGCAACUUACAUGAACGUACCGACUCGUGGAUGACGUCAAAAGGAAUCUUGCUGAUGAAGAAAGGCCGGCAAACCAAAUCAUCUUUUGAAUUUGUGCUUUGUUAUUUUUGUUCCAGGAGGAGCCCGCAGAUGUGUGUUUAUGAAGUGUUUACAUUUCAUAUUUGUAUGACCUAUCAUAACCUAUCAUAGGAAAAGAAAAUGGAGUAUUAUUAAACUGGCCUCU